CUCUAGAAUAUUACCGUAGCUUCGCGUUCAUUCCGCUGUGUGUAUUUAAGCGCGUGUCCUGCUGCUGGCGCUCUUUCAGGCUGUCAUGACAUUACAAAACAUAUCUGCAUUAACGUUCAUGUGAACAUAAACACUGAACGUGUCUUGGACGCGUCCACAGGAGAUUUAUAUUCCAUAUCAACAGGUGUGUGUGAAGCAGUCAAACCUGUAGGUCUUCACCUGCAGAAGAGAGCGGCCAUACAGGCCCGUCAUCAUGUUGUGCUGGGGAAAUGCCUCGUACGGGCAGCUGGGUUUAGGUGGGAUUGAUGAGGAGAUAGUGCUAGAGCCAAGGAAAUGUGAGUUCUUCGAGGGCAAGCGCGUGCGGGGUGUAGGAUGCGGCAGACGUCAUACCGUCUUUCUGUUAGAGGACGGGACGGUGUACACCUGUGGCUGCAAUGACCUGGGACAGCUGGGGCAUGACAAAGCACGCAAGAAACCAGAACAGGUUGUGUCUCUUGAUGCUCAGAACAUUGUGGCUGUGUCUUGUGGUGAAGCUCAUACUCUGGCUCUGAAUGAUAAGGGACAAGUGUUUGCAUGGGGUCUGGGCUCAGACGGGCAGCUCGGCCUUUCAAACAUAGAAGAUUGUAUCCGUGUACCCAGAACUGUCAAGAGUUUGUCAGAGGUUCACAUUACUCAGGUGGCCUGUGGAUACUGGCAUUCCCUUGCUUUAGCCACAGGAGGUCAGAUAUUCUCCUGGGGCCAGAAUAAAUACGGACAGCUGGGGCUCGGGAAGCAGGGAGCCAGCGUCUCCUCCCCAAAAGUCAUUCAGUCUCUGCAGGGCGUCCCAUUUGCCCAGAUAUCUGCAGGGGGCGCUCACAGCUUUGGGCUCACGCUGUCUGGGGCUGUUUUCGGCUGGGGACGAAACAAGUUUGGCCAGCUGGGCCUCAGCGACAAUGAUGAUCGCUAUUUCCCUGCCUUGCUGAAGACUCUCAGGUCCCAACGGGUUGUUUACAUAAGCUGUGGAGAGGACCACACGGCUGCACUUACGAAGGAGGGAGGUGUGUUUACAUUUGGAGCGGGUGGCUACGGUCAGCUGGGACACAACACCACAAACCAUGAGGUGAACCCCAGGAAGGUAUUUGAACUCAUGGGGAGUGUGGUUGCACAGAUAGCUUGUGGUAGGCAGCACACUUUGGCGUUCGUCCCUUCAUCAGGAAAGAUUGACUCGUUUGGUCUCGGUGGUAACGGACAGCUAGGAACCCGCUCGACCUGCAAUAGGAUGAGUCCCGCCCCUGUGAAGGGCUGCUGGCGAGCCCAUACUGAUCCUGUGCCAAUGGAAGUAGAUUUGACGGAGUUGUCUAUUUCAGAGGCGGAGCAGAGUUACUGUGUGAAGAGGAUCUACGCUGGAGGAGACCAGAGCUUUGCUCACUAUGCUUUACCUCAGGAUGACAGCCCUCCAGUUGAUCUGAGGAUAACUAGACCUGAUGGACAGAUAUACACACUCAAUGAUGACCUCAUCCAGAAAUGGCUCAGUCAUGGCCAUGGGAGAUUAUCACCAGAGAUCACCAAUGAGAUUGAUCUUGUGUUCUCUUCAGCGAGUUGUCUUAACGGAAGCUUUCUGUCUGGAAGUAAUCCAGAUCACUACAGCACUAACAGUAAGUGCUCAGGUGUAGACAUUAACACAGCUCGCCUGCUCUUCCACAGACUCAUCCAGCCCGAUUACCCACAAAUCUCACAAAUUGUAGCUGCUAGUAUGGAGAAGAAUCUCCUUCCCAGAUUGAGCAGUUCUCCUCCAGACAUCGAGGCUCUGAGACUGUACCUCACACUGCCAGAGUGUCCACUCCUCAGCAAUCCCAACAACUACACAACUCUCACUAUUCCUUUUGCGAAGGCUGUCGUGACCCUGAAGGACACCCCCAUCAAAGUGCUCGGAAACUGGUGGUCAAAGUUUGAGCCAGCGGUCUUCCAGAGGCUGGUGGAGCUGUACAAGGAGGUGGUGGUGUAUCUACUGCGGAUGCAGAAACUGGGAAUUCCUCCCUCUGAGCAGAGGAUCUUCACCUGCUUCCUGCACACCUCACUCAAAUUUCUCGAGAUCCUCCAUUCGGUUAAUGAGCGUGCUGGCCAGAUCAUCCAGUAUGAUAAGUUUUAUAUUCAUGAGCUGGAUGAGCUCAUUGACAUCAGAAAUGAUUAUGUCACCUGGUUUCAGCAGCAGAUGUUCUCUGUGGUGAGUUUUCUGCAUUGUUCAAAGGUCAUGGACUCUCAGGUGACCCUGUGCAAAUAUCCAUUCGUUUUUGACGCUCAGGCGAAGACGGCGCUGCUUCAAACUGAUGCUGUGAUCCAAAUGCAGAUGGCGGUGGAUCAGGCUCAGAGACAGAACUUACACUCUCUGUUCCUGUCCGGUGGAGGAGUGGAGUCAGUAAACCCCUGCCUCAUCCUCAUCGUACGUCGAGAAAACGUGGUCGGAGACUCAAUGGAGGUGCUGAGGAAGUCCAAAAACGUCGAUUACAAGAAGCCGCUCAAGGUGAUCUUUGUGGGAGAGGAGGCCGUGGAUGCUGGCGGUGUGAGAAAAGAGUUCUUCCUACUCAUAAUGAAAGAACUCUUAGACCCUAAAUAUGGGAUGUUCAGAUACUACGAGGAGUCCAGACUCAUCUGGUUUGCUCAUAAGACAUUUGAAGACAUUGACUUGUUCCAUCUGAUCGGUGUGGUUUGUGGAUUGGCCAUCUAUAACCUCACUAUAGUGGAGCUGAACUUCCCUCUAGCGCUGUACAAGAAACUCCUAAAGAAAACUCCUACUCUAGAGGACCUGAAGGAACUCAUGCCUGAUGUAGCAAGGAGUCUUCAGCAGUUGCUGGAUUAUACAGAGGAUGAUUUGGAAGAAACCUUCUGCCUGAAUUUCACAAUAACAGAGGAAAUUUUUGGCACCACAGAGGUAUUAGAGCUGGUUCCCAAUGGGACAGACAUCAGUGUCAACAAGUCCAACAGGCAGGAGUUUGUCAACGCCUACGUCGAUUAUAUUUUCAACACCUCUGUGGCUCCUCAGUUUAGCGCUUUCUAUGCAGGAUUUCACAAAGUGUGUGGAGGGAAAGUUCUAGAGCUUUUCCAGCCCAGUGAAUUGCAGGCUAUGAUUAUAGGAAACACCAAUUAUGACUGGAAGGAAUUAGAGAAGAGCACAGAGUAUAAGGGCGAGUACUGGGCCGAACACCCCACCAUCAAAAUAUUCUGGGAAGUGUUUCACGAGCUGCCUUUGGAGAAGAAGAAACAGUUCCUGUUGUUCCUCACGGGCAGCGACCGAAUACCCAUUCUGGGCAUGAAGAGCUUGGCUUUAGUGAUCCAGCCCACCGGUGGCGGAGAGCAGUAUUUCCCCGUAGCGCACACAUGCUUCAACCUGCUGGAUCUGCCUAAGUAUACUAGUAAGGAGACCCUCAAAGAGAAACUGCUGCACGCCAUCGAACACAACCAGGGCUUUAACCUCGUCUGACAUCAGCGAGCGCAAAACGAGCAAUCCAUGUACAGGCCGCAUGUGACACACAGGUAUCACGCGCUUCAGCCUACAGAAACGUUUGCGUAAUUCAUUGUGUGACUGCUGCCUCGGAGUUGAUUUGAAAUUAGCAUAGAAAUGUUUGAUUUAUUUUGCGUCUGAAUAAUCAUCAGUUACAAUUUGGAUAAAGACACUUGAAUCUGUGAAUACAGAGUCCCAGUGGGACUGAAGUAAGUAAACAGUAUUUGUAUAUCAGAAUUUUGUUACUUACUCAAAGUUUGGGUGAUAUUUGUAUGCUAGUUAGCAUAAGAUUUCUCCGUUUGUUCAUUUCUUUCUUUUCUUUUGUUUUUUUUUUGUUUGUUUUUUUGAAUGUAAAUUUGAUGAAAAUGUGCUAGAGCCAUCCAAGAUGUACAUGAGUUUAUUUCUUCAUCAGAUUUAGAGAAAUGUGUCAUUCCAUCACUUUCUCACCAGUGGACCCUCUGCAGUGAAUGGGCGCCGUCAGAAUGAGAAUCCAAAAAGCUGACAAAAACGUCACAAUAAUCCACAAGUAAUCCACACCACUCCAGUCCAUCAGUUAACAUCUUGAAAAACCAAAAGCUGCGUGUUUGUAAGAAUCAAAUCCAUCAUUAAGACAUUUUUAACUUCAAAUCAUUGCUUCAGGCUAGAAUGAGUCCAUAAUCCAGUGAAAAAGUCCAUCUCCUGUUGUCUCUUACAUCAAAAUGAACCCACAUUUUGGCUUUCAAAUGGUGCUUGAUUUGUGCAGAUUUCGCUCCUGAUUCAGACCUGAUGGCUUUUUCACUGGAGGAAGCGUCAUUAUUGAUUUAUGGGCUUGUAUUUUAGUUAAAAACGUCUUAAUGAUGGAUUUGUUUCUUACAACCACACAGCUUUUGUCUUCUCAAGAUGUUAAUUGAUGGACUGGAGUGGUGUGGAUUAUUGUUGUUUUUAUCAGCUGUUUAGACUCUCAUUCUGACAGCACCCAUUCACAUUGGAGAGACAGUAGUGGAAUGCUACAUUUCUUGAAAUCUGAUGAAGAAACAAACUCAUCUACAUGUAAGAUGGCCUGAGGGUGAGUAAAUAUUCAGCAAAUUUUUAUUUAUGUGUGAACUAUUCCUUUAAACCUGCAACACACUACAAUAAGGUUCUAUACAUUAACAUCACAAACUAAAAAUUUCUUAAUUUAUAAAUUCUUAAUGGUGCAUAUAAAUGAAUAAAUGUUAAUUUAUAAAUACACUAAUCUUCCUUAUUCAUUCAAAAUGCAUUAAAUACUGUUAAUGUAUAUUAUCGUUACUCCUGAGAUUAUUAAAUGCUAUUGUUUAUUGGUAACGAUAGUAUUAACUAAUGUUAGCAUGCACAAUUUUAUUGUAGUGUUAACAGUAAUACUUUGUUGGCAUUACAAAUCCUUUGUAUUUUUUAUUUAUUUACCUAGAAUAUUAUUUUAUUCUAAAUGACUUAAACUAAUGCCUCAUGGAUGUGCAAAAAUCUCAUCUAAGAUGUUGGAUCCGCUGAAUGUUAUGUGACUCUUUUGAACAUUUUUUUGGCACAUCAUUCAGAUUCACUUUAGGAUGUACUGGAUGAAUAUUAACGCAGAAUAAUUUUGUUCUGCACACGAUUUUGUUCAAAUGAAGUGGGAUCUUAGACCACUUUUGUGUCACGUGCCUUAACUGAAAACCAACACAUGUAGAUUGUUUUGAGCUUUUGGAGUUUAUUUUUUUUCUAAGUUUGAGUAAGUAUCAAAAUCUGAUCCAGAUCCAGGAACGUGUCUGAUGAAACUGAAUGUGUUUGUCUCCGUUACAGUAUUCAUAUACUGCAGUGGCAAUGCAAAGUCUUACGAGUGUUAAGAGGUUUGCAUGAUUACAGAAUCAAAUGAAAUGCCACUGAUAACUUUCUGAGUAAUAAUUUAUGACCAAUACUAAUAAUAAAUGGCUUUGACGAUUCAAGUCUAAGUUAAAGCUCAUCACGCGUCUAUACUGUGUGAGCCUCUAGUUGCUGUGCCAUUGUGUGUGCGUGUUGAAGGAAGCAAUGAAACAAAUGCUAACAUUUGUCUUCAGUUUGUAAAUUGUAAAUAAACAAUAUUUUCAAGA